AUGAACAACGAUCUUUUUGAGUUCGAUCCCCCUUCAUAUCGAAUGGCGGACACCAAUCCUCACCUACUAGAGAAGUAUGACGACGCACAAAUUGGACACAAAAUACAUACCAUUUCCGGGAGUAAUCGCCUGUGUAGUAAGAAACGCAAAAGCGAAAGCUCACUAGAACGCAACCGACAAGCGGCCAAGAGGUGUCGCAAGAAGAAGAAAGAAUGCACUGAUCAACUGGAGGAACAUUUCCAGAACGCCAAGUUACGAAAAGAGAUCCUCGAAGCAGAGGUCAGCCAGAUGCAAAGCGAGAUCUUAUUCCUGAAAGAUAUCCUGAGGAGGCACUCGCAGUGUGGCGAUGAUAAUAUAAAAACUCAUUUGUCACAUAUGUUAACGCGGCUCGCUGGGAGAUUACCACCCACACUUCGAGGAGAUAUCUGUAUAGAGGAGAGCUCUAUGCUACUCAUGUGUCACAGUCCUGUCGAGGAGCAAAGAUUGUCGGUGGAUAGUAGCGCUUCGUCGGAGGUCUCGACCACCUUCUUAGAUGCUGUCGAGCAGGUGGAUUGGGGGUCGACAGCCAGCACGAUUGAUCAUAACCAAAGCAAUCUGGCUGGAGAUCCCUAUUGGGAUAGCUUUAUUGACUUUUCUUAA